CAUCGCGCUCCCGAAAAACUUCAGAUCAUCACUUCAGGGUCCCCGUCAAUAGCAUCCCGAGAGCUAGCACGCGACUCCCCGAAUCCCGUCCUCGCCCGUCCGAGCAUCACGCCUCCCUCACGCCUACCGUCGCCUCCUUCACGGUCUCCUCCCGAAGCGACGCUGGCCGUGCUGUCACUCCCUCCAAUUGGUCAAUCGGUCACCCGUCUCGGUUUCCCCCUUCAGUUACCUAACACCCGGGUUUUCGAAUCCGACAACACAAGUUCUACCCGAACCAAUUCGAACACACACGCAUAGCCGAACCACGAGAUGGAGGCCAGGACACUAACCAGACCGGCCACUGCGCUGGCCACCCUCCUCCGCCAGCAGACCGCCUCUGCCGUCCCCCGACGUGGCCACAAGACCUUCUCCCGCACGAAGCGCUCCCUCAACAUCCCCCCGCACCCCGACUUCCUCCCCUCGACGACUCCGGCCGGCGGCGACACAAUCAUCUACAACCCGCCCUCGGCCGCCCCCUCCGUCUUCCACACCCCCUUCAAGUUCCUCCCGCCCUCCGACCCACGCCGCCGCGCCAACCUCUCCUCCCUCUUCGCCAACUCCAACUCCUCCGCGGCGGCAUCGUCACAAACGUCGUCCUCCGCGAGACCAUUGCCCCCGGCCCUCAACGUCCCCUCCCGCGGCGCCAACCCGCGCUAUCACCUCACCCGCGAAAACGUCGCCGAGAUCCGCCGCCUCCGCGCCAAGGACCCGGACUUCUGGAGCGUCACCGCCCUCGCCCGCAAGUUCGACUGCUCCGAGACCUUCAUCACCAUCUGUACCCCCGCGCCCCGUGAGCACAAGGAGCGCCUCCAGCGCAAGCUCGAAGGCGUCAAGAGCCGCUGGGGUGCCAUCCGCACCAAGGCCCGCGAGGACCGCACCCGCCGCAAGGAGAUGCUCUUCCGCGGCGAGUUGUAAAAC